GACCAUUUUACAUUUUUGUUCGAUGAGAUGAAAAAGGUGAAAAACAAGGAAAAGGAGAAGAGGCGAAAAGCGAGCCCAUUGAGCCUUAGAGGUUGGGGCCUUAAAUUCCUCCGUCGAUCUUUCCUUUCCGAUUUUCUAUAUUCUUCAAGUUUCUGAUCGAAAUAGCAGAAGUAGAAUGGGCGGCGGAGAUGCUGGCAAUGACGGAGGAGAUUCAAGCAACGAGGAAGAGACGGUGAAUAUCCGUUGCUCGUACGGGUCGGAGUUCGCGGUGCAGGUGAAAUUGGACUCAACUGUUGAAUUUUUCAAGUCUAUCGUAGCUCAGAAAUGUGAAAUUCCUCCUCAGCGGCAGCGCUUAAUAUACAAAGGCCGCAUACUGAAAGACGAUCAAACCCUUCAGAGCUACGGUCUUGAGGCAGAUCACACUGUCCACUUGAUUCGAGGUUUUGCCUCAGCUGCCCCCAUGAACAGUACAGCUAGAGCUGAUUCUGGAGUUACCAGUACUAAUUCAGUUCCAGUGACAAGUAUAGGUUCUAAUGAUGGUGGACCACUUGGAGUAUCUUUAUUAUCGCCUGGACUUGGUUUUAAUGGAUUAGGAAGUGCUGGUGGUGGUUUAUUUGGAUCUGCAGCGCCAGAAAUAGAACAACUGCGGCAGCAGUUAAGUCAAAACCCCAACACAAUGGGAGAUAUUUUGAAUAUGCCUCUUUUGCAGGAUUUAAUGAACAAUCCUGAAACUAUCCGCAACUUCAUCAUGGACAAUCCUCAGAUUCGUGAAAUUAUGGAUCGUAACCCAGAGCUUAGGCACAUACUUAAUGAUCCUGGAACCCUCCGUCAAACUAUGGAGGCUGCACGAAACCCUGAACUAAUGCGUGAAAUGAUGCGCAACACAGACAGGGCAAUGCGCAAUAUUGAAUCCACUCCUGAGGGUUUUAACAUGCUGAGGCGAAUGUAUGAAAAUGUGCAAGAACCUUUCCUGAAUGCAACAACCUUGGCUGGUGACAGUAGAUCUGAUGUGGUAUCAAAUCCAUUUGAUGCUCUAUUGGGAGCUCAAGGUGGAGGUUCUGGCAGAGAGAACUUGGCUAAUCCUACAACUAUUGGAUCUGAAACUAUGGUCAAUGCCUCUGCUCCAAAUACAAAUCCACUUCCCAAUCCUUGGGCCUCUUCUGACAGCAUGCAAACAAACUCAAGUGCACGGUCGAAUCCUAUUGGGGAUGCAAGGCCUACAUCACCUGGUGGCUUUGAUGGACUUGAUUGCCAGGAUUCUGGGCAUAUUCUGGGUUCUAUGCCAGACUUCUCUUUUAAUCAGUUACUGCAGAAUCCAACCAUGUCCCAGAUGAUGCAUAGUCUCUUAUCCAAUCCUCAGUACAUGAAUCAGAUUCUUGGUCUUAAUGUACACCUACAGAACAUGCUUGAUUCCAGUCCGCAGCUUAGAGAUAUGACGCAAAAUCCUGAAUUUGUUCGUCAAAUGACUUCCCCUGAGAUGAUGCAGCAACUUUUGACAUUUAACCAAGCUCUUUCAUCUCAGAUUGGUCGGCAGCAGACGCCUAGAGAAUCAGGUCAAAAUGCUUUGGGAACAGAAGACAACCUGGGAUUAAAUAUGCUGAUGAACAUGUUUGGUGGACUUGGGACGGGCGGAGGCUUCACUGCUCCAAACAGAUCUCAAGUGCCCCCUGAAGAGCUGUAUGCAACUCAGCUCUCUCAGUUACGGGAAAUGGGCUUCAUCGAUAGUCAAGAAAACAUCAGGGCAUUGAUUGCCACUGCAGGAAACGUCCAUGCUGCAGUUCAGCGCCUUUUGGGGAAUUCCGGUCACUAGAAUAUGGAUUAAUAUCAUGCUGCUUCAUAUAGCUGCAUAGCUCUGUGGAUCAAAUUUCAACCAUGUGAAUGUGCGGCACAAACCAGUUAAACUGAAUGAUCGAAUCAAACAAUAUGAACAUGGCUGUUGGAAUACACUUCCUUGUACCCCGAACGAAAUACAAAUACCAAUAGGAUGAAAGUGCGUUUUCCUCCCUCCUCUGUGGAUAAAGAUACAGAAGCUUGAGAUGCCGUGUAAAUACAGCAUGAAGUCUGUUUUGUACAAAUUUCUCCAAUUUUCUGAUUCGUUGAGCCUGUUUUGGGGAUAUCAUAUGUAUGGCUCGGACGAAAUGUGAUUUUUCUUUGACUUUCCCCUGUUGCACAGUGCAUUUACUUCAGAUUUUUUUGUUCAAUCUUUAAAAUUUGGUUAAUGUGAGAAAGCUCGCUAGCUGCAUUGCAAUCUUUGGUGAAGAUUGGGCCUUGCAGCUUAGU